UUUAGAAGCUAGAAACUUUAUGUUUCCUUUUUGUUUUCACAUGUUCUGGAAAAUAAAGAAACAUCAUCAUAAACUCUCUCAAUGGGAAACAUAACGCCUACCAUUUGAGGAAGUUUCUCUCGGUUGUGACUUUUUAAGGGGAAAAACAGCUGCUCCAAAAGAAUGUGUUUUUCUCCCAUUCUGGAAAUCAACAUGCAGUCUGAAUCUAACAUUACAGUGCGAGAUGACAUUGAUGACAUCAACACCAAUAUGUACCAACCACUAUCAUAUCCAUUAAGCUUUCAAGUGUCUCUCACCGGAUUUCUUAUGUUAGAAAUUGUGUUGGGACUUGGCAGCAACCUCACCGUACUGGUACUUUACUGCAUGAAAUCCAACUUAAUCAACUCUGUCAGUAACAUUAUAACAAUGAAUCUUCAUGUACUUGAUGUGAUCAUUUGUGUGGGAUGCAUUCCUCUAACGAUAGUUAUCCUUCUGCUUUCACUGGAGAGUAACACGGCUCUCAUCUGCUGUUUCCAUGAGGCCUGUGUAUCUUUUGCAAGUGUCUCAACAGCAAUCAACGUUUUCGCUAUCACUUUGGACAGAUACGACAUCUCUGUAAAGCCUGCAAACCGAAUUCUGACAAUGGGCAGAGCUGCAAUGCUAAUGAUAUCCAUUUGGAUUUUUUCUUUUUUCUCCUUCCUGAUUCCCUUUAUUGAGGUAAAUUUUUUCAGCCUUCAAAGUGGAAAUACAUGGGAAAACAAGACACUUUUGUGUGUCAGCACAAAUGAGUACUACACUGAACUGGGAAUGUAUUAUCACCUGCUAGUACAGAUUCCAAUCUUCUUUUUCACUGUCAUAGUGAUGUUAAUCACAUACAGCAAAAUACUUCAGGCUCUCAAUAUUCGAAUAGGCACAAGAUUCUCAACAGGGCAGAAGAAGAAAGCAAGAAAGAAAAAGACAAUUUCUCUAACCACACAACACGAGACUACAGACAUGUCACAGGGCAGUGGUGGGAGAAAUGUAGUCUUUGGUGUUAGAACUUCAGUGUCUGUAAUAAUUGCUCUCCGGCGAGCUAUGAAACGACACCGUGAACGACGAGAAAGGCAAAAAAGAGUCUUCAAGAUGUCUUUAUUGAUUAUUUCUACAUUUCUUCUCUGCUGGACACCAAUUUCUGUUUUAAAUACCACCAUUUUAUGUUUAGGCCCAAGUGACCUUUUAGUAAAAUUAAGGUUGUGUUUUCUAGUCAUGGGUUAUGGAACAACUAUAUUUCACCCUCUAUUAUAUGCAUUUACUAGACAAAAAUUUCAAAAGGUCUUAAAAAGUAAAAUGAAAAAGCGAGUUGUUUCCAUAGUAGAAGCUGAUCCCAUGCCUAAUAAUGCUGUAAUACACAACUCUUGGAUAGAUCCUAAAAGAAACAAAAAAAUCACCUUUGAAGAUAGUGAAAUAAGAGAAAAAUGUUUAGUACCUCAGGUUGUCACAGACUAGGGAAAGUCUAAGUUUCACCAAACCCACAUUCAAAAUUUUUAAAUUGUAAAAAAUGAAUUACUGCCAAAUAUAAGAAAAACAAUUUAAGUAUAGGUUAUGUUGUAAACUUUCAAUGUAAAUGUCAAGAUUAAAUUAGGUCAUAUAUAUUCAAUUUCUUCAUUACUUAAUGUAUCUGUUGCAUGGCAGUUUGUUAAGGUAAUAUCAUGUGUAUAUUUUGUCAAUAUUAUGUCCAUCAGAAGAUAUUCAUGUAAGUCAUAUUUUCUAAAGAAUAAAUACAUAGCCUUAAAACACUGUAUAACUUUAAAAUAUAACUGACACAGAUAUCCUUGCAUUUUUUUAUAAAGUGUAUUGU